CAAAAUUCAGGGCAGGGCCAAAUGGGGUCAAUUGUACAAACACCCUGUCAUCAUGUCAUGUCAAAAAUCCAAUAUGACUGUCAUCAUGUCAUGUCAAAAAUCCAAUAUGACUGUCAUCAUGUCAAUUGUCAAAAAUCCAAUAUGACUGUCAUCAUGUCAAUUGUCAAAAAUCCAAUAUGACUGUCAUCAUGUCAUGUCAAAAAUCCAAUAUGACUGUCAUCAUGUCAAUUGUCAAAAAUCCAAUAUGACUGUCAUCAUGUCAUAUCUAAAAAGUUUUAAAUGGUAAUAACUCCAAAACCAUUGAAUUGACUUGGUUCAUGCAAUUAUAUCAUUUGUAGAAUAUCUUUAAGGCUAAUUUUCCCCCAUGCCAUGUUAAUUUAUAAAGCUCACAAAGGGUCAACAGUCCGUCUAUUUUCAGAAAAUUUUCAUUUCUUCAUACUUAGGGAUGCUGACUUUCUCUAACUAAUAUGUCACCACAAAAUAUUCAUAAUAAAAAAAUGUCCAUAAAGGGUCAAAGUUUAUUUAUCUUUAGAAAUUUUUCACUUUUCUACUUUUUGGAAAAAUUCUUUCAAUAUUAAGGUCCAUGGAGUAUGUCAUUCUGAUGAUUAUAAAAUAUUCUACACCAGUUAGUUAUUUUUGUAAAUAGUAAGCCUUUAGGUAUUUUGUGCUUUAAAUAGAUGAAAAUUUCUAGUUGGAGUACCUGAUUUAUGUAAAUCUUUCUUUAAAGACCUAAAAGUUACGUUUAAAUGUUUUAUAUGAACAUUUUCAUGUGUAUUUAGUUUCAUAAAUAAUUAAAACAAGGAAAAAAACCUACAAUCUAUUGGUUAUUCAGUAUCCACAAGGUGUUUUAAGAUUGUCUUGAUUUCAGCAAAUUUAUGGGAAGUUGUAAAAAUCUUUCAAGUUACAACAAUGUUUUGUUUUUGUUUUACAGCUAUGAGGAUGCUGGGCAGAUUGGAGUACAUGAUGAGAGAAGAGUGAUGAAUGACUGAUACACUUGACAGUGAUCCUCGCUUUACUAUUUUGAUUAAUUUACCCUUUGACUGGUGACCAAUCAACCACUGACCUUUAUCACCAAGUCAACCUUCUAGCAGCCAUGGGAGAACCUACAGCCAAAUGGAACCUCCUUCAGCUUGCCUUUGUAGCAGUCUACCCAGCAUGUCUGUCUUCUAUACGAAUGGUAGACGGUAUGGCCCUCCUUGCCCUGUAUGUGUUCCUAUUUAUACUGUGUAUACCACCGAUGUUCAUACAACACAAACUCGGAGGCUACGAACAGAGAGGCAUUGUGGGUCUCUUCUCUAGAUAUCUCCCGAUUGCAAAGGGAGUAGGCGUGGCCUUACUUAUUGACCUGUUCCUGACAUGUGUUUACUUUGCACCAUUGGUCUGCCACUUUGGGAUGUAUGCAGUGAUUUCUAUGAUCCAGGAGCCGUACCUCUGGGAAGGUUGUAGUAAUGCGUGGAACACGGACAAGUGUGUUGAGAAUCUGCCUGUCACCAUGCACUCCCAAAAUGAGGGAGUGUAUUACAACCAGUUGUCAGGACAGACAGCAGAUGUUGCAAGGCAGACACCUGAAAAGGAAUUCUUCAAUCUGCAGUACCUACAAAUCACGGAUAAGAUAUCAGACAUCCGUGGUUUUCCUGUGUGGAAUAACACUGCACCAUUCCAGGAUAUCGGAUUCUCCAUACUUCCAGUCGGCCUAACUGUGGUGUGGCUUGUCGUUUUUCUCAUUGUGGCAUUUGGUGGCCGAGUUUGUGGCUGGAUUCUGUUUGUGAUGUGUCCUGGGUUCCUCGGCACACUGUUUGCCGUCCUGGUAUAUGGAUACAUGAACCUAGACAAGGCUGCCUCGAACCAGUUCCUUGGCAGAUUUUAUAACCUUAACUUUGAUGGUUUUGUUGAUAUACGCACCAAUAGAAAACUCAUCACGGACUGGGAGAAAGGCUUCAGUCUACUGAUGAACUCAUUCCCAGUAUGGACGGCCAUUCCUGCUACCCUGGGCAAGAUGACAGGACGAGGCAAAGUCAGUCGUAACUUGGGCUGGUUACUCAUUAUCCUUGUGUAUGCCUGUAUAGUCCAGGUCCCUCAGCUGGCUAUGGCUCCUUAUCUAGGCAACCUCCUCGAAAAAACAUCAUCGUCACUCCCUGAGAGUACCUUUCUAGGUAUCAAGGUUGUGUUCCAAGCCAUGCCUGCAGCCUUCUCCAUACUCAAUAUACCAAAGGAAUACGCUAUGCUCUUUUUCCUGUCUCUCUUCCUCAGUGGAGUCAUGUUCCUGUCUGUGGGUAUGCUGACAAUAGUUGACAACAUAUGUGACAGUUUGUUUUCCCGAUCAUCACGUUUAUCUUCUCACAAGAUCCUCGUCAACUUUGUCAUUUCAUUCGUCAUGAUUGUACUUGCCCUGGGGGCAGGUUUCAUCCACAUGACCCAGGCCGGCAUGUACUACACAGUACUGAUGGACCAGUCUGUCCUCAGACUACGCUUCAUCACCGUCGCACUGCUGGCAUUCUCCAUUAUCAUUGUAUAUGUGAGAAAUCGUUUUACAGUAGCAGAAAAGGUGCUGCUGAGUAUAUGGUGUAUACUAGCUGCUAUUGGAGCUACUGGAUUCUGGCUGUAUUCAUUUAUCAUUACCAAGAACAUCCCCAUUAGCUACGCAGGCCACCAGGUGUCAGAUCUGUGGGAACUUAUCAGCUGGUUACUGGCUGGAGUUCCAUAUAUCGCCAUCCCAGCUGCUGCCAUUCACAGCUGUAUGCUGCACGAAGGGGACUGCAGUGAGCGGUCCCGAUAUCUCUUGUGUGGAGGAGACGAAGAUGAUGACGAUGAGGAAGAACCUAGGAAUUACGACGGUUAUUUUCCGACUGAGCCAACAGCCCCUCCCUACAGUUACAUGGACCCUGGGGGUCAGCAUUACAGUCAUUCUCUCUAUCCUGUAGACGAUCUACACAAAGCCACAUACGACCCGGAGAUGGAGCCUCUUAACUCCGACGUACGGACAAGUCGGAUUUAGAUAUCUCAUGUUUUGACUAGAAAUUCAAUGGCUGGAAGAUUUAUGUAAUGAAGUGUACUAGUUAAAAAGAGUUAAGGAAAGAGUUAACACAAACUAAGUGCAGAUAACUCAUUUCAGAAAAGUAGGAAUUGGUGGUGUGCUGUUAAAAACAGUGUUUAAGUGGAGAUAACUCAUUGAAAAAGUGAGGGAUUCAGAGGUGAAGGUGCCUGCCCUUGUUAGACAAGAUUAAUGAGGAAUCAAUUAAAACCCUUUCGAUAAACCAUUAACAGGUUCAAUUUAGAUCCCUUUGUUUGGAACAAAGACUGAUAUGAAAGGAACAUCAUUCUACAGAAGAAGCUUAUACAGAGUAAUCUCCCCUUUAAUGAUGAUAAUAUGAUAUAGAUAUAUGUUCUGAAAACCUGUUGGCUGUGUGAUGCAACAAUCAUAAGUAAUACUCUACAGCUGUUCUGAGAUGUUGUUUGAUUGUUCACCAGAAAUGCUGGGCAAAUCUACAAGAGCUGUGUUCCAGUUAGAUAUGGACAUUUUUGUCUGGAUUGAUGUGAUUUUAUCGCUAAUGAGUUAACUGGCUGAUAACUCUUUGAAAAUCAUUGUGAAAUGGAUGGAAUUAUUAUGUUAUUUAUCUUGAAAUUAUUGCUUUUUUCACUACCAGUAUUUUAAUGAUGAUAUUUUAUUUGAUGAUUAAAGUGUUUUAUGUUAAGUAAACAAACUCCUUGUGUGGAAAUGACAAAACAGCAACGUGUAAAUAAUUACUUUUUUUACAAUGUGUUGAAGGUGUAUUGGUCAAUUUAGAGAUUUAACAAUUCUUUGACACAAAAUGCAAUGAAUGCUACUAGUCAAUGUACAGUGUCUGUUCGGAUUGUUGAUGAGGGGAGACAACUAUGGAGAAUUCAGGGGAGAUAAUUGUAAUGUCCUGAAAAUGAUUUAGGUAAAAUUGUUGGAUAUGAAUUGUAUGCAGAUUAUGUUUCAUGUGUGGAAACGAAUAGACAAUGCAGACAGAUCACUGUUGUGGACUAAAGUAUUACAAGAAAAUAUAAUAAAAAACAUGGCAACCAUGGAUGUAAGAAUA